CUGUAAGGUCGCUCGCUCGUACGACCGACCAUCUUCUUCCUCCUCGCUCGUUCGCGUCGGCGCCGAAAGAGGAAAACACAGCGCCGCAGACCGACAGAAUCUCCGGUCGGUGCUCGACGCGGCGAACCGUCCACCUCGCAUCGCUUGUCAGUCUGUGUUGAGAAAAGCUUAGUGCUACGGGGAGCGCCGACGGUGACUGCACAGCACACCGACCAUGGCUAAGGACGGCCACUGCCCUCUCGCCGACGCCGGCAUCCCGUACUCGGUGACCGUGUUCGCUUACUUAGGACUUUUGUUCCUCGUGUACCUCCUGUGCCGCAUCCUGUACGCGUCAUGGCAGGGAUUCUACUCCUGUUACCUCGGCCGAUGGCUUGGCCACAACAUCAACUUGCGCAAGAUGGGCGAAUGGGCUGUUGUCACUGGUGCUUCAGAUGGCAUUGGGCGUGCCUACUGUGAAGAGCUUGCUGCACGGGGCCUCAACAUUGUGCUCAUUAGCCGGACACUAGAGAAGCUCGAGGCAGUGGCUCGCGAGAUUGAGGAGGCGUCCAAUGUCAAGACCAAGGUGAUUGCCGUUGACUUCACUGCCGGUGGCGAGAUCUACGACACGAUCCGGCGGGAACUGCAGGGUCUGGAGAUUGGAGUGCUUGUGAACAAUGUUGGUGUCAGCUACGUCUACCCCGAGUUCUUCAGUGUUGUUCCUGAUGGCGACAAGGUCAUGGACAGCAUCAUCCGGGCCAACUGUGUUGCUGGAACCAUGAUGACUCGCAUCUGCCUACCCCAAAUGGACGAGCGCCGCCGUGGAGUGAUUAUCAACGUGUCUUCCAUCUCUGCCAUGCAUCCACUGCCCCUGCUCAGCACGUAUGCGGCCUCCAAGGCUUACAUGGACAACCUGUCUCAGGGACUUCAUGCUGAAUACAAGGAUCGUGGCAUCUACGUUCAGUCUGUGAUGCCGGCUUACGUGUCCACGAAGAUGUCCAAGAUCCGCAAGGCCACCUACAUGGUGCCAACAGCCACCACCUACGUCCGGGAAGCCCUCGACACUGUCGGCAUCGAGCACGCCACUUAUGGCUAUGGUCCGCACAAGUUCAGGGCUCUGGUUCAACGCAAGCUCAUGGAGUGCCUACCCCACAGCGUUUUCAUGAACAUCUCGAAAGCGUCCCUGCUCCAGAUUCGCAAGCUCUACUACAAGAAGAAAGGAAUUGAGGACACCUUCCUGGGAAAGCGCAGCUCCUCAGCCAAUGCAGCGGGCGACGUAGGAGAGCAGAUCAAGAGCCAGUGAAACAGAGCCAAGGCGUUGUCAGUCUUUCCUGCUGCUCUGGUGCACGUCGGCACACGACAACAACGUGCACGGAGUGGUCAUCACUUUUUUCACCUGUAAUGAAUGCUCGGACGGGAAAAGGGUGUGCUACUAGUUAAUAUUACUACCACUUAUGAAUAAGAGAGGUUCUACGUUUGUCCUUUACUUUUUUUUUUUACAAUCACAUUUUGAUUCUUGCUAUUUUCUUGCAUUUUCGUCUCGUGUUUGGACAUUUCUGAGAAGACCUUGUCACAUGUUCCAGUGCCUUGCAUUCCAUAUAUCAUUUGUACAGAGAUGUGCCGUGCUUUCUUCUUCUUUUGUUUGUUUGUGGCGUUUUCAGUUUGUCACUCUGUGAAAUUGAAUAAAGGUUUUGUAAAAAGUACUGUA